UCAGCCCGCGCCGCCAUAUUGAGCCGCCGCCGCCAGCGCGGCCGCCCGGGACCGGCCCGCUCCCCAUGACUGCCCCCGGCCGGGGCGCGUAGGGCGGAGCGGCUCCAGCCCGGCCCGUCCCCUCCCCGAGCCGCCGCCGAGCCCCGCUCUCUCUCUCUCCGCCACCAUGACUUCCCUGACCCAGCGCAGCUCCGGGCUGGUGCAGCGCCGGACCGAGGCCUCCCGCAGCGCCGCCGCCGCCGAUAAGGAGCGGGGCGCCGGCGGCGGCCCCGAGGAUGAAGGGCGCCGGGACGACUCCGGUGACGACGAGAAGGGCGAUUCCAAGGAAACGCGGCUCACCCUUAUGGAGGAGGUGCUGCUCCUGGGCCUCAAGGACCGUGAGGGUUACACAUCGUUCUGGAAUGAUUGCAUCUCCUCGGGAUUGCGUGGCUGUAUGUUAAUUGAACUGGCAUUGCGGGGGCGUCUCCAGCUGGAGGCUUGUGGAAUGAGGCGCAAAAGUCUGCUAACGAGAAAGGUGAUUUGCAAGUCAGAUGCUCCUACAGGGGAUGUUCUGCUUGAUGAAGCUCUGAAACACAUAAAAGAGACUCAGCCUCCUGAAACAGUUCAAAAUUGGAUUGAACUGCUUAGUGGUGAAACAUGGAACCCACUGAAGUUGCACUACCAGCUACGAAAUGUCCGUGAGCGGUUGGCUAAAAAUCUAGUGGAAAAAGGUGUACUGACAACAGAGAAACAGAACUUCCUUCUUUUUGACAUGACUACACACCCUCUCACCAACAACAACAUCAAACAGCGCCUCAUCAAGAAGGUUCAGGAGGCGGUUCUUGACAAGUGGGUGAAUGACCCCCACCGCAUGGACAAGCGCUUGCUGGCGCUCGUGUAUUUAGCCCACGCCUCAGAUGUCCUGGAGAACGCUUUUGCUCCCCUCCUGGAUGAGCAAUAUGAUUUAGCCACAAAGAGAGUGCGGCAGCUCCUGGAUUUAGACCCUGAGGUUGAAUGUAUGAAAACCAACACGAAUGAGGUUCUGUGGGCUGUUGUAGCAGCUUUCACAAAGUAACUGCAUUCAGACUGAAGUGUUCUCUCUUCUUUCAUGUAAACCAUUUGUUUCUCUUUUAUUGACUAUUCAUGUUUUCUGUAAUUUGUACCUUCUCACACUAUGAAUUGGCUUUUGUUAAAUGGGAAUUACAAGUGGUGUAUUCCCUACUUCUCUAUCUGUAUACAGGAUUCUGCUGGUACAAGAGACUUUCCUGUUUAAAACAACAGAAAAAGGGUUAACUGCCAUAUUGGCAUUCCAUUUCCUAUUCAUUUUGAGUUACCUUAAAUACUUUAAUUUUUCACCUCAUUUUUAUUGCAGUGGUUUGUCACCAAAGCUCCAUGUUGAACUGUCUGUCAGGACAUUUUAUACACAGAUGUUUUCAAUUAUAUCUAACAAAAUUACUUAAAAAGCAGAAAUGCCAUUGAACAGCUUUGUCAAUAGUUCCUAUAAAAUGUCCCAUAAAUUUUAAUUUUCAUGCAAGUCUCUUGUGUACUUAUAUUUUCAUUAGAAUGAUAGCUGAGUCAUAAGGCUAGUAUAAAAAGGUCCAAUUGUUUCAUAUACCAGUUUUGGGAGGGGAUACAUUCCAUUAUAUUGUAUAUAUAGUUCAAAUUGUAUAUUAACAACUGCCCCAUCUUAGUAUUUUGCAAAAUCUACUUAAUUGUACACCUGGUGCCCCUUAUUUGCUGUCAGCCAUUGCCAUCUGAUGCAAAGAAAGGCCUCCUGCAGAGGCAUGUGUGUGAAAGCUGUUUGUUUCCAGGGUCUAUGGAGUUUGCCAUCCAGGUAUUCUCAGUCUAUGCAUUGCCUUUGAAAAUUAGUGAAUGGAAAGAGACUGCUUUCUAUCAUUUUUAUCAUUGUUUCUUUCCCUCCUCUUCUGUAUGAAAGAUACUCAUGACCAGUACAAUUCUUGAGUGCACUUUUCAGUUUUGUACACAAUUUAAUGUUUGUCUCUUAAACCUUGAACUAUUUUACACUUCAAAAACAAAAAGUCAGUCGUAGCAGGUGUUGCAUGUAAAUGGUUAGCAAGUAAUGGCAGCAGUUCAGACAAUUCAGAUUUCUGUAAUGGGAUGCUCUGCUAUAUUUUAAUUUUUAUAUAUACAAUUAUGCUGAUUAGCACACUACUGUAAAAAAACCCAAAACCUAUAUAAAACUCUGGCUUUUUAAAAUUUAUUGCCUCUUUGCCACUGCUUGUUAUUUCCCAUUGGUUUCACAGUGUAAAUAUUAUGCAUUGAAAAAAUUAAGCAUUGAUUUCUAUACUUUUUUUCAUCAUAACAAUGCAGAUUUAUAGUGGGGCUUACAGGUGUUUAGAAACCUUUUGGUUAAUAUUCAGAGCAAGAAUACUAGAUGGUGUAUAACUGUAGAGUUGAAAUUUAAGAGAUCCCUUAAUCUGUAUACUAGCUUUUUACCUACAGUAAAUAAACUAUGAUCUUGAAA